AUGAAGCUUACAUUUGCCGCUCUGUUGGUUCUACCACUGGCGCUAGCCGGAUCACUCAAGUCCGUCGUGAUUACUUUCCCCAAGGGAACGCCUGACUCGGUGGUUAGCCAGGCCAAAGCAUCUCUAGUGGCUUCAGGUGGUGUUAUCACACAUGAGUACCAUUUGAUCAAUGGAUUCGCCGCCGAGGCUCCUGUGAGCGCUCUCCAGACCCUAUCUACUCAGGAUACCCAAUACAAACCGAAUAUCGAAGAAGACAAGGUUGUGAGUGCAUACGGAGACUAUGCGGCAGUCUAA